GUGACUUCCGCUUUCGUAACAGUACCAUAUUAUACUUUAUAGAUACAGUUACCGUCCAAUUGAAAUAUUUGUAAAUUGAUUGUAUAAGUAUAAGAAAACAACACGGAAAAUAAUCUGCAUUUGAUUUCCACUGACCAACCUUGGUUUAGAAAUGGAGCACCAUUCUUUCUCAUUUGGAACAUCUGAACUGUACACCUGAAGAAUGUGAUGUGACUAUCACCAGGGACAAUGAAAACUUCUAUCAAUUUUCUGUAUGUGACAACAGUUUUCAGAAACCUCUUCUUCUGCUGAACAGAGUAUGCUUGUUUCCAAUAAACAGACAUUUAGAAUAUGACCAUUACUGAAAAUUAAUAAGCUGCGAAAAAGACAAAGAUACCCCCUUAUACUCCCUUCUCAUUAAGUGAUCGUUGCUGUAAUCAGAAGGGAAGCUCAGGAGGAAGACCACGAGACCUAAAUAAUAUACAACGUGGGGUAUAAAGAUAAAACAGACAAAAAGAUGUCUAAGAAUGCUCUUGUGCGAGGAUAUAACAGCACAUCGGCCUUUGGAGCAACAAAAAAGGAAACCAGAACUAAAGGCCUACAUUCUCGAUGUGUUAGAAAGGGUCGAAUUUCAAUACUGGGUGCAGUUAUGCUAACAUCAAUAAUUAUAACCAUUCCUCAAUGCUACGGAGUCAUUAUUCGUUGCAACAAUAGCACAAUGAAAGUUAUUCCUCGUUUAAUGAAAGUUUUUCCGACAACUGAAGGCAGUUUGAACUUGAUACACUAUAAGCUUGGUAGAGUUCCUUUAGGGGGCAAAAACUGGACGGAGAUGACCCAACAAUUAUCGCAGUUAUUAUCUGGCUAUAACACAAGACAGAUGAAUUAUCAAAACAUUACUGAAUGUUCAGAAGAAAGUCCUCCAGCGGGCCAUUCGUGCUUCUUCAACAUCCAGUUAAUUUCUUCUGAAUGCACUGAAGCCAAAACAUUUGGAUACAGACGUAGUGAACCAUGUAUUUUUCUCCAGUUCCCAAACAUUAGCAACUGGGAGCCUGUUCCCUACAACAUCAGCGAUCCGCAGACUGUAAAUGAACUACCUGAAAGAUUGCGUUCUACCUACGAUCCACGUUACGCUUACAUAAACUGUGAGGGAGACACCGCUUUUGACAGAGAGAAUCUUGGUUUCAUAAACUACUCUCCGUACCAAGGAUUUCCAGUGAAUUUCUUCCCCUAUACUGGUCAGCCUAACUACAUGCCUCCUCUAGUGGCUGUACAUUUUCCUACCCUGAGAAUUGGAGUUGCUGUUAAUGUAGUUUGUAAACUGUGGGCGAAGAAUGUUAAUCAUACAGAAGACGCUGUUCCCAACGGGACUGUUCGUUUUACCCUUCUUGUGGAUUAGUGUCAAUAUAAAACGUUACACACAACAACAACGUUUUUAAUAUACUUUACUCUUAACAGUAGUUCGAGAACGUAGUCUUUAAGAUAUUUGAGUAUAAUCAGAUUUAAUUUGCCAUUUUGAAUGAAGUAAAAUCAUUCUUGUAUUUCUAUUUUUAAUACAAUAUUUGCAAAAUUAUCUCCCAAAUAUUAAUUUUUUACCACUUAUUAUUAUUUGCCUCUUAAGCGCUUCAAAAUACCUGUUAUUGUAUACCUGUUUUUUCUUUUUAGCGCGAAGCUGUAUGAUGUGCCAUCUGUACUUUGUGUCCACCACGGGAAAUGGAAACCCGGGUUCUAGUGUUGUGAGUGCACAAGCCGUUAACCCACUGGGAGAUUAUUAUACGAAGUAAUAAUUUGGAGUAAAACCAUGUUCGUAACAAAAGUUUUUGGGUAGUAUUCAUUCUUUAUUACUUUUUAUCAUUUCUGACCUAAUAGAUUUAAAUUCACCUAGUUACACGAGCUUUACUGAGCUGACGUGUUUUUAAUUUGUUACAACAUAAAUCCAUUUAUUAUUUCAUUCAAUUGAUAGAACACGUUAAAACUACAUAAUUAUAGUUCGUAUCAGAGCCUUUAUUGAAAACUAUACUUACUGAAUCGGACAACUCAUUUUGCGUGAACGUUUUAGAUUUUUAAAUCAUAAUUUUAACAUGGCCAGGUGGUUAGGGCGCUCUACUCGCAAUCUGAGGGUCGCGGGUUCUAAUCCCCGUCCCACCAAACAUGCUCGCCCUUACAGCCGUGGCGGCGUUC